UGCAUCAACGGCUUCUUUUUUUUCUUUUUUCUUUUUUGUUUUUUCCUCAAAAUAUUAGAGACAAAAACCCAUGCUGAAGUAGUGAGUUCCCAGCCGGAGAAAACAGAGCAUCAAUCUCUCUGCGAACAUUCAACUUUCAAAUCAUUCUCCACAAUCCGCCGAGAAGUUGACUAAGGUGUCGUAGGGGGGAUUAGAAACAUGGAAGAAAAUGGGAUACUGACAAGGCCUAUGCUUGAUGAUGAAGAAGCACGGUCCAAGAAUACUGAUGGGGUUGGUGGGUCCUCCCCAGCGGCCACCAUUGUUGCUGUUCUCAGCACCAUGGUUGCCCUCUGCGGCUCUCUAUGCAGUGGUUGUGUUGUGGGAUAUUCCUCACCUGCUGAAUCUGGAAUCAUGGAAGACCUGGACCUUUCUGUUGCAGCUUACUCGGUUUUCGGUUCAAUAGUAACAAUUGGCGGAUUGGUAGGUGGGCUUGUAAAUGGAAGGAUAACUGAUCUUACAGGUCGUAGAGCUACUAUGUGGGUCACUGGAAUCUUCAGUGUGGCUGGGUGGUUUUCAAUAGCAUUUGCGAAGGUUUUUCUCUUCCUUCUCUGGACAAAUGUGGUACAUUUGAUUUUAAAUGAUUGGUGGUUGGAUCUUGGAAGGCUGUCACUGGGGUUUGCAAAUGGACUAAUUCACUAUGUGGUACCUGUUUAUAUUGCUGAAAUAACACCAAAAGAUCUUCGUGGAAGAUUUACUUCGGCUAAUCAGUUACUGACUUGUUGCGGCAUUUCACUUAUGUACUUCAUUGGAAAUGUUGUUGCUUGGCGCUCCUUGGCAGUAAUUGGGGCUAUUCCAUCUCUGCUACAAAUUUUUGGGGUGUUUUUCAUUCCAGAGUCUCCUAGAUGGCUGGCGAAAAUUGGUAAGCAGAAAGAGCUUGAAGCCAGUCUGCAGUAUCUUAGGGGGAAGAAUGCUGAUAUUUCUCAAGAAGCUGCUGAUAUCAUAGAUUAUACAGAAGCGUUUCAGCAGCAGUCAGAAGGAAUUCUAGACUUGUUCCAGUGGAAAUAUGCUCGUUCACUCAUUAUUGGAGUUGGGCUGAUAAUGCUGCAACAACUAGGGGGGAGCAAUGCAAUUGUUGCUUAUUCAAGCUCUAUAUUUACAGAAGCUGGUUUUUCAAGUAGCGUUGGGACUAUAUCAAUGGCAAUUAUCCAGAUACCUGCUGUUACAUUGAGUAUGCUCUUGACAGAUAAAUCUGGGAGACGACCACUUUUAUUGGUAUACCAAUAUAUGCAGAUAUCUGCAGUUGGAAUGUGCUUGAGUUGCUUUCUUCUAGGCUUGUCAUUCUGCUUUCAUGGACUACAUCAGUUCAAGGAGCUCACCCCCAUAUUAGUUUUUAUUGGCAUAAUGGGGUAUAGCGUGGCAUACACAGGGGGUAUGGCAGGACUACCCUGGGUUAUAUUAUCAGAGAUAUUUUCUAUAAAUGUCAAAGGUUCGGCUGGAAGCCUUGUGACAGUGGCAUGCUUUUCAUGUUCUUGGAUAGUUACUUACACUUUCAAGUUUUUGAUGGAGUGGAGCUCUUAUGGAACGUUUUUCAUUUUCUCGGGGUUUUGCGGAUUAACUGUGGUUUUCAUUGCAAAGCUGGUACCAGAGACCAAAGGGAGAAGUUUAGAAGAAAUACAAACAUCAAUAACCCAGAUUUAAUCUCUUUAAUAGCAUGAGCAUAAUUCCCUUUUAAUUAGAGACGUAUUUGAUUCAAAGGACUGGUCUACAUUCUACUACUACUAUACAUAUUUGGUAAAUUAUGUUGACAUUUAUGAGUAGACUGAUAAAAAAGAAAUAUCAGUUUACAGCAUUGUUAAAAUGUUAUAAAUACAAUUAAAAAGAAAAAUUAACAAAAAAAUGGAAAAGAAAGCAGAAUUGUUUUCUUUUUCUGUUCUCUA